UUAACUGCCAUUUCCAAAAUACACCAAUGUAAGAUCACAUUAUUAAUUUAUUAGAAACAGCAAAUAAACUACAUAAGGAUCAGUAUAUAGAUGUAACAUUAUAUUUAAGCUGAAACCAAAUGUUAAUUUAUGAAUUUCCAUAUUUAUUUGGAUGAAUCUCUCAAGAAGGUAAUUAAUUUAUGUACUUAUUUUCCAGUGCUUAUUUGAAUUUAACCUCAAAAUGAAGGCAAUUUAUUUCAAGUCCUAGGAUUAUAAAGAUACUUCUUAAUACCUUUAAGAUUGCGCCAGACGCAUUGGCGGAGAAGGACAUCAAUUUCAUGAGUUUGAUGAAGGAAGUCAAUGGAAAACACAUCAAAGUUACGACGUAUAACAAUACUCCACUGAGUUCGACAGAAUUUGAAAAUGGCACGGUGGUCGGUAAAGGGGUGGCUUUCACCAUCAUGAAUAUUCUGCGGAAAAAGUUCAACUUCACUUAUGAAGUGAUACUACCUACAAAGAACUUUGAAUUGGGAGACAAAAUCAGCGAUGACUCCAUAAUAGGACUUCUGAACACCAGCAAAGUGGACAUGGCCGUUGCAUUUAUACCAACAUUGCUACCGUAUCGGGAGAAGGUGUCGUUCUCAAUAGACCUGGACGAAGGAGUGUGGGUGAUGAUGCUGAAGAGACCCAAGGAAUCAGCCGCCGGCUCCGGACUACUCGCACCAUUUAACGAUCUUGUGUGGUACCUAGUCCUGGCCGCUGUCCUAACAUUCGGGCCGUGCAUCACAUUCUUCACCCGAGUACGAAGCAAGCUGAUCACAGACGAUGAAGGCGUUCUGCCCUUAAAACCAAGCUUUUGGUUCGUGUACAGCGCCUUCCUCAAACAGGGAACUAAUUUGUCACCUGAAGCCAAUACAACACGCGUCCUCUUCGUGACUUGGUGGUUGUUCAUGAUUCUACUAUCAGCUUUCUACACGGCGAACUUGACGGCUUUUCUGACUCUAUCGAAGUUCACUCUCGCUAUAGAAAGUCCAAGGGAUUUGUAUCAGAAGAACAAUCGUUGGGUCGCUUCGGCUGGCAGCUCGGUCGAACAUGUUGUGAAAACCGAAGGCGAAGAUCUAUACUUCUUGAACACAAUGAUCAACAGUGGUAAGGCUAGGUUUCUAUCAGUGCUUGGCGACAAAGACUUCUUGGAACACGUGAAGAAAGGAGAAGUGCUGGUAAAGGAACAGACAGUGGUAGACCACUUGAUGUACAACGAUUAUAUUUCGAAGAAAGACGUGGAGGAAUCCGAGAAAUGCACCUAUGUCGUGGCUCCUAGUGCUUUCAUGAAGAAACAGAGAGCGUUCGCCUACCCAGUUGGAAGUAAACUGAAGGGUUUAUUCGAUCCUGUACUUACACAGAUAUUCCAAGCUGGUAUCCUCGACUUCCUGAAGCGCAGUGACUUGCCGAGCACGAAGAUAUGUCCCCUAGACUUGCAAUCUAAAGACCGUAAGCUGCGGAACAGUGAUCUUAUAAUGACAUACAUGGUGAUGGUAGCUGGGUCUGCUACUGCUGUCGCUGUGUUUGGCGCCGAGAUAUUCAUAAAACGCUACGUCUCCGGCAAACUGAAUAAGAACAAAAAAUCGAGGAGGAAGAAGUCCAAAGCCGGCAAAUCAUCAAGGAGCCACGAUGACAGUCGCCCACCGCCAUACGACUCGCUGUUUGGCAAGAACCCUAAAUUCAACGUCGAGAAUACACGCACGAAGAUGAUUAACGGCAGAGAGUAUUAUGUUUUUGAAACGAGCAGUGGCGACAAGAAACUCAUCCCAGCUAGAGCACCAUCAUCCUUCCUUUACAGGUCGGAUAAAUAAACAAUAACAUAGAACCUCAAUGAACACGUGGAAAAUACUUAGCAACAAUUAAAUAUAGUACCUAAUUAUAAUAAUCAUACAUACGUAAUGAAUCGACGCUAUCUGCAAAAGCAAUAAAAGUCAAAGUCCAUUUUGACUUAGUAUACCUACAAGCUGAUUUAUAUCUAAGACAUAAAUAAAUUAAGUAGAAUAAUUUUAGUACAAACGUGUGUUAAAUUAGUUACACUAUAUAGCACUUUAUAAUCACUAUUUAAAAUGGGGCAGAACUUUAAGAAAACAAUAAAGGAUAUCAAAUAAAA